UGUCGUUUGUUUCAUUCCAGCAAGAGAGGGAGAGGGCGAACUUUUUCAGAAGUACAGACAAUCUUGGCACACGGGAGAGGGGGAGCGGUAGAGAGAGAGUGCACAGUAGGCACAGUAAAAGGGGCAGAGCCAUACGAAAAGAAAAGCGCGAGCAGGGAAAGGCACGGAGAGCUGUUUGCCUAAACCCCGUUGGCUCUCUCAGUGCGCGUAUCCCAGUGUUGCUCAGUGAACCGUGCGGUGGACACUGCCACUGUGUCUGUGUGUAACUCUGGUUGUAUUGAACUCUGCUCACUGCUGACCAGUGGAGAGUGAAGAGAGGAGGAGGAGGUGGGAGAGCGCCGGACACCCUGUCGGUGGGCUUGCCCAGCCCAGGCAGUUUUACUUGAUAGGUUCAGCAGCCAUGCUGGAAAACGCAGGUGGAGCAAGAGCGGAUGCUAAAGUGAAUAAUCAGUCAGAAACUACUAAAUGUGCAAUGGAGAGUGGUGACGGGAACACCGGUAUCCAAACCAAUGGGUUGGAUUUUCAGAGGCAGACGGUGUCCACCACAAGUGCAAUCACUAAUGCACAUGCACAAGCCCUCCUCCAACAGUCAAAGUCGGAAGACUCGGGUGCUCUUCCGACCUCCGUCCAGCAGAGCGUAUUGCCUCAAACCCAGCUAAUGUUGGCCGGGGGACAGAUUGCUGGAUUGAGCCCAAUGCAGCAGCAGCUGUUUCUCCAACAGGCCCAAGUGCAGCUCCUGGCUGCUGCCGUGCAGCAUUCUGCCAACCAGCAGAACAGCACCACCGGGGACAACAUCUCAGCCUCUGCAGCCACACCAAUUACCCAGCUGCCCCUGUCACAGCCCAUCCAGAUUGCCCCAUCUUUACAACAGCAGAAUCUAAGUCUGCCCCAGUUUGUCCUGGUUCAGCCUGGCCACCCUAUCGCCACGUCACUGCAGCCUCAGUUCAUUAUCUCACAGGCUCCGCAGGCCCAGCAGGGCAUAUUGCAAGCCCCGAGUCUUCUAACUCAACUACCUCAAAGCCAACCUAACCUCCUGUCGACUCAACCAAGCAUCACCCUUGCAACUCAGCCUGCAACCCCAACCCGCACAACAGCAACCACACCUAUUCAGUCCCUGCCUCACAGUCAGACGCCACCCAAACGGUUGGAUACUCCCACUCUGGAGGAACCUAGUGACCUUGAGGAGCUGGAGCAGUUUGCCAAGACUUUUAAACAGAGACGUAUCAAACUGGGCUUUACGCAGGGGGACGUUGGCCUGGCCAUGGGGAAGCUGUAUGGAAACGACUUUAGCCAAACUACUAUUUCUCGCUUUGAGGCCUUGAAUCUGAGCUUUAAAAACAUGUGCAAACUCAAGCCAUUGCUGGAGAAGUGGCUCAAUGAUGCAGUUUGUGCAGAGAACCUGACAUCUGACCAGUCCCUGUCGAGCCCCAGUGCCCUGGGUUCCCAGGGCAUGGGCAUAGAGGGAAUCAACCGCAGACGGAAGAAAAGAACCAGUAUCGAGACCAACAUUCGAGUGGCCUUAGAAAAGAGCUUUCUGGAGCAGAACCAAAAACCUACCUCUGAAGAGAUCACCAUGAUCGCUGACCAGCUCAACAUGGAGAAGGAGGUGAUUCGGGUCUGGUUCUGCAAUCGACGACAGAAAGAGAAGAGGAUUAAUCCUCCCAGUAGUGGCAACAGUGGAGGAGGCAACACCCCUAUCAAAUCUAUCUUCACCCCCAGCAGCCCUUUGGUGGCCAGCACAGCAAGCCUUGAUAGCAGCCCAACUAUUACCACACCCACCACUCUGACUGUAAACCCAGUGAUGCCUCUCACCAACACCAGCAUCCCCAGUUUGUCUUUCACAGGCACGACAGUUGGAGCCACAAACACUGCAUCUGUCAUCUCAACUGCGCCUGUGGUUACCACAGCAACAAGCUCUCUGUCUUUAAGCACGUCCCAGACGAGUAAUCAGUCCACGAGCACGGAGAGCAAAGCUGGCACGCAGGCGCCAACCAUUGUCACCCAGGCGCCUUCAUCCAUCGCUACCAGUUUAGGGACGGGUCAGGUGAUGGUGGCAGCUCCGGGGCUUUCUGCCGCGUUGCAGGGAGCCGCCUCGCUACCCAGCGCCAGUUUUGCAGCUAUGGCUGCUGCUGCAGGGCUCAACCCAGCACUGAUGGCAUCUUCGCAGUUUACUCAAGGGGGUGCCCUCUUCAGUCUGGCUCCUGGCGGCCUGGGCAGUGCACUGAGCCCUGCUCUCAUGAGCAACAGCACUCUGGCUACCAUUCAAGCACUGGCAUCGAGCGGCACAAUCCCCAUCACCUCUCUGGACGGCAGUAACCUGCUGUUCGCCAACACUUCUGCUGGUAACACCCACAACCUGGUGACCACGCCGCUCUUCCUGAACCCCCAGAACCUGUCGCUGCUCACCAGCAACCCCGUCAGUCUGGUGUCGCCCGGCGUGGGAGGGCUUCAGGUCACUGCCGACGGUCAUCAUCAAGUCAGCACGGCUGCUGUGCCUGUGCAAGCCUCGACCAUUACCACUGCCCCCAAGGCUCAGUGAAGCCAGUCAGGCUGCAUCUCGAAUUAACGCCCAAUUAAUUACGUCAAGCACUACUCCUUUCACAACGUGUAGGACGAGGGUGGUACUCUGAUAUAGGCUUCACUAACCACCCCGCAUCCUCUCCAUUGUAUCUACCAUAAAUUAAUCCUUUUGCUGCCGCCAAAAAGAAAAGGACUUAACAUAAGGGUGGGUUUAACUGUUGGUUUCUUUUAUUAUUUUUUUCUUUAUGAUUCUUGGAUGUUUUUUAAUUUUCCACACAAACAGUAACCAGAUGGACACUGUUGUCGGCCUGCCGCUUCUCCUGAACCUUGACAAGUGUCCAGGGAGAAAAUAUCCUCUGCGUCAUCGAGCUGUAUAUACAUAUACAUAUAUACAUAUAUAUAUAUAUCCUCCUCUUUGCAGGUCAGAAUUUUCUCUGAAAUUCUUCUAACCAAAAACAAACUUUUCUCUUCUAACAUUCAAACUUAAUUGAUUUACUACUAAUUUCACAAUGUUCAUAAUCACUAAUGGGGGUUUGUGUGUCGCUCUUUUUAAUUAUCUCUCGUUUUUGUUUUUUGGGGGUUUUUUUGUUCGUUUGGUUUUUUGUUUCUUGACAGGCCUUGUUGUAAAUCAUAUCAAAUUAUAUUUUAGAGACUUUUUUUCCCUUUUUAUCUUUUACUGUCUAUAUUUUUCGACAUUUUCUGAUCUUUGUAAGUCUAAUGUUAAGUUAAGAUUUAACUAUCACUUUUUAAUCGUGGUUAUAAGGCUUUAAAAAUAAGUAAUAAGUGGCCGAUAUAAAGGUUAUCAUUGCUUUAAGGGUCGGAGGGACGCGGCGUGUCUCUCCGAGUCUCUCUUCUGGAAACACUGAGUUUUACAUAGGUGGUGGUGCAGUAGCCACCGAGCCUCUGUAAAACGACGGUCUCGGUGUGGAUUAUCGACACUGAUAGAAAAAUGACUGAAAACAUUACAUUGAGAGCUUUAAAGUGAGCUGCAGACCUGAGUCUGAUUAAGGGUGACUUGUUUUGGUUUGUGAUCCGUUGGAACACUGUACAUUAAGUUUUGGACGUGGACGUUUGCGUGUCGUCGACAGCUCAGGCAGACGCUGAGAGUUCAGCAGCCGCACGAUCCACGAGGCUCUGCAGUCUUUUUUUGUGGAGGGAACUAGUCAUGUUCACCAAACCUGAACUGUGGUGUGGUGGUUUUGCCUAGAUGGGGAUAGUGUAUUGGGGGGGGGUGUUUGGUUUCUUUUUUUUUCUUUUCUUUUUUUAUUAGAAGUACCGUCGUAUCUACUUGUGCACAGUAUCUGUACCAAAUAACUGGAUUGAUGAGCUGCAGUCUGCCUGUUUUGGGAGGAUUGAAAUUCUGUCUCUUUAUUUUGUUUGCAGUCGUUCGACUGGCUUACCUACUUUAAGAUAUACCAAAAAUAUUUGUUAAAAUAAUUGCUGUGUAGUCGGUGUAGCUUAGUCUAGUCAAUAUAUUUAUGAGUACAAAAAUCUCUUCAUAGUCAGAAUAUAGAAAUGCAAUAUUUUGAUGAUCAUUUUCCAAAGACUACAUUUUCUUUUUUCUUUUCUUUUGUUAUUUUGUUUGAUUUGACCAAGUGUCUCAUAUUUAAAUUUUUAAUUGGCAGCACAACUGACCAAAAAGAGAGGGAUUGGUGGGUUGGAGUAUGAGAAAGUUUCUUUUUACUUCUAUUAUUACCAUUUUAUUUUUUAAAUUUAGUUUUUAUUAAAUCACCGUGGCCUCGGCCCAAUGCUUAAUCUGGUUUAAUGCGAGCCGUUUAGUGGCGCCUUUUCCUUUCUAAUCAGUUGUGGUAGCAGUUUUGGACUUUUCUGAAGCAUAAUGGAAAAGAUCUGAUUUUGGUUUUGUGCUAAUAUUCAGCCAUAAAACAACAGCUUGAACCAAAGUGGUUUUCCUCAGUAGUUGCUGUGCCUGUCUUGAGCACACAAGUUGCUUUUCACUCUCUUAAAUCUCCACAAUUUAUUUCUUUAUUUUUCUCCCUCCUCAGUCGAUACCUGAUUUUCGUGAUUUGGUGCUGCUGGAUAAGGAUCACAGAAACUUUAGCUUUAACAACUUGCUGCUGAGACUCCUGUCAGAGUUGAGCUGUCAAGACGCCUGCAUGCUUUCUAAUAGCUUUAAGACUACAUCCUGUGAGAAUCAGGGUAUUGUAGUUCGCACUAUCCCUGCUGGAGGGAUCACUUAUGUAAAUCCAUAAAUACUUCACCUCCUCUCAGCUCCGCCGUUUCAAACCAGCAUGCUAGGAAACGAUAUGCUGCACCCGAAAUCUGUCUGGGGACUAGUUUAAAAACUCCCCGAACUUAUCUUAGCCAACACAGCGGUGGGAUAAGUACCGUUCUGUGCUGCACGUUCAGCUAAACCCCACACAAAAGUAGCAUCGUUCUGCUUCAAAAUGACAAACACAGCAAUUAGUAACUCACUCAGACUGCAAGCAGUGAAAUUUGUCCCCGUUCCCCUCUCGUGUGCUUCUUUUCUGUUGAAUUAUUUUUGACUAAAUAUACCUCAGCAGCACUUCAAACAUAGGUUCACCUUUUAGACAUUUCUCUGUAUACAGCAUUGUAGAAUGUAUAAUUACUGACUGGCUUGCCAUUCAGCGUUUAUACUGAUGAACCAUACAUAGGAACCAUUGCAAGGACAACCUACUACUGCUAUUUUCUAGUACUACUAUUUAUGGGGUAUUUGCAGGUUUAAAUAUUAUUUUGAGAUCCUUCUUGCCAAAGUAAAAGCCUUUCUCUUUGCAGCUUGGUGGGUGUGUUUUGUUUUUCUUUCUUUCCUUAACUUUGAGGCCACAAGAGCCCUGAAAAACUCAGUCGUGUUUCAGUGCUUGUUUGGAGUUUUGGAGGUUUGCAAGCAACAUGAACCAGUUGCCACUGGCACCAUAGGAUGUUACUGAAAUAUUUAUCUGAGGAAAGACUUAAGAAUUAGAGAAACGAUCUUUUCCUAAUUCUAUACAUAUAAAUAUAUAUAUAAACACUUGUAAGAUAUUCAUAUUUUAUAUUUGAACCAGUAUGUUACCAAGACUGAAUGUAGUGUUUAUCAUACUUCCCCCCCCAGAAAAAAAAUCUCCCCUAAGUUUUCUUUUCUUUUUUUUUAUUAAACUGUCAAGACCAAAAAAUUUGAGAUUGAGCUCGAGAUGACCCCUCGCUGAACCAGCGACGUCUGUUCGACAGGAGGGGCUCGCUCAGGCGCUCCUGGCAGACAGGUCCUGUGGUUAAUAGGAGACUCUGAAGCAUUUGAUCUUAAUCUUUUAAUAGAUGUAUAAAUAUAUAUAUUUGGUUGAGUUGUUGUGGAUUUGAUUUGCUGUGUUGUCUUUAACAAUCAUUUGGUUUUUUUAAUGUAUUAUUUUAUGCCUUUAAUUGUUUUGUAUAGUGUGAGAGGGCAAGAUCACUGGCUUUCUUAGUUUGACAAAGAAGAUUAACAUUAUCAUUUAUGCCUUAUUGUUACGUAGAAGACAUGAGCAUUGUAGCAUUGUUGUUCUGUAUGUGUGUGAGAGUGAGAGAGAGCAUGGGCACCCAGCUCACCUGGUGCAUUGUUUUCACUGAAACAGUACAGUGUACUCUGGGCAUUUUAGAGCGUGGGACGAUUAUGUUGCUACCUAUGGUUUUUAGGUAGACAGGUAGGAGGAUAUACCUGUGAGAAAAAGCUUUACUAAUAAUUCCAGCAGGCAGGUGUGUUUGUGUGAGUGUGUCAUUUAAAGAGAGGCCAGGGAGGACAGUCUGCAAACCAUUUUGGUGCAUCUUUCCCAUCUUCCAGCAGGUGUUUAGACUGAUUUUUGAAAAAAAAAAAAAGUGUGAGACAAGAGGACUUUGUUUUGUUUUGGGAUUUUGUUUGAAGUUUCCUGACUGAGGGUCUUUACAAAUUAACUUCAAGCUUUAAGCAAGCCACUGCCGAGAGCCAAGCCAGCUUUCAGUUUGUUUGGGGUCCGCUUGGACUCUCACGAACUGUCUGCUUGCCACUGGCUUUGCUUGUGAAGCUUCGGUUUCAGGUAAUCCUGAGAUUCUUGCGGAUCAGCUGUGCAUCUAACAGACGGUAUGUUGACCCACCACACUGGUUUGCUGAGAGUUUUGGUUUUUUGUUUGUUUGUUUUCUCCUUUUACUAAAUGUCAAAGGUUGCGUGGCGCACCAGUAAGGCUAAAGGAGCUGUUGUAUACCUCAUUUUUAACUCAAGAUUGAGUGAAACCUGCUUUAAUCUACUUAUGAAACAAAUGUUUUUAAAAAUCAUAAAAAAAAGACUAAAAUACACCAACUUGUCAGUGGAGAAGCGUGUUCAUACCUGUACUUAGUGAAGGGUUGUGGAGCCGCCACAAGAGGGAGACGAACUACAUACCAGUACUCACAAAGAGGUGUAAACAAGAGAAGGCAUAAAAGGUGAAUCUGUGUGUAACAAGGGGCAAACAUCUGCUGCUCUUCUUUCACAAUUUCUUGUGCACUGAAGGAUUUCAUUCAUGAAAAUGUGAAUUUUGAUGAAUUCUAUGGACACCCCCCACCCCACCCU